AUCGUGUUAAUUGAAUAACGAUUUUGUAAACGACAUAAAACACGUACACGUGUACUGUACUUUAAAUUUGGUUAUCCUAAUCCUAUGAAAGUUUAUCCAUUUAUUUUUAAAUUAACAAUUUUCAUCACGUUUCAUCAAAUCAGCAAUUUUCAUCAAAAAUUAACACAUGAAAUCACUACUGAGCUCCAGAUCCUAAUCCUGUUUGAAAGCAAUAGGAGAUGAUUCUUCGAAAGAUUUUUUCUCUUCAAGGACUGUUAUAUUGCUUUAUUUUGUUCGUAAUCUUAAUAUGUUCAACGUUCGUUAUUUAUGAUUACAUUGCAAAGUAUGGUCGGGAGCCAUCUUUCGAUCUCAUCAAUUUUAGCGAUUCAAACAAUGAAACUGGAUAUCCUCGUUACAUCGUUCCUGAUAUCGUUCAUUUAAUACGUUUCGACAUUCCCGAAUUAACGUUUGUAGAUAUGGUCUGCAUCAAAUCCAUACUUCUCAAUCACAAACCAAAGACUAUAAUCAUUCACUGCAACUGUGACAAUUUAACAGGGAAAUAUUGGGACAUGAUUAAAGACAUGCCACAGCUGAAAGUGCAAUAUAGAAAGAAACCAGAAUAUGUUUUUGGUACAAAAAUAAGUUGGAUAGAACACUCCUCCGACGUUACUCGCAUUAAAAUUCUUAGGAAAUAUGGAGGGAUUUACUUGGAUAAUGACGUCUUUGUGGUUAACUCAUUGCACGAGUUUCGAAGAUUUGAAAUGACUCUCGGAUGGGAUCUAAAUGGGGACUCUUUGGGAAAUCAAGUUUUAAUUGCACAUAAGAAUGCAAGAUUUCUAAAAUAUUGGUACGAAUCGUACGAGUUUUACAAUCCUGAAAAAUGGUAUUACAAUGCUGGAGAAUUUCCAACAAGAACUAUUCUUUCUGUUUUUCCAGAACUUGUCCAUAGAGUAAUCGAUUAUUUUGGAGUGAAUACAGAUUUAGCUGUUAUGUUAUAUGUUAAAAAAACUGACGAAUGGAAGAAUUUUUAUACGCUUCAUCUUCUGAUACAUCAUCGUUAUUUGGCACCCAACGAUCGUCCAGAAGUUUUCGACGAAAAUAAUACUAUAACAUACGAGUACAAUAGGACAUUCGGAGACAUGGUUCGUUCUGUUUUAUAAAUAACAAUACAUUCUUUCUUGUUAAAAAUUCUUAAUGUA